AUGGUUCGCCUCAUCGUUUUGAUCAGCUUUGGAGCACUGUCGUCAGUCUCAAUGGCUGAGAUCUUCACGCUCAGUUUGGGUGACACCAACCAAUACUCAGCGACUCUGACUGCCACGCCUACUCUUACUGGAUCACGCAUCGUCUUUACCGACUCAUCCAGCCCCAACGAUGGGGUCGAUGUCAUACUUUCAGAUGAACUGCGCGAGAAAGUCGGAAGUGCUCUGGACAGCGCCUGCGUCAACCUUGAUGAUGCAUGCUUGGAGAGUAUCAAAGACCUUCUCGUCAGCCCGAGUACCGAAUUAGAAACACGUCAGGCCGUAGAGGCGAUUGGAGCAGGAGCAGCCCUUGCAGCCUUUUUUGCUUAUAUCAUGGCGAUGACCUUCAACUCAUCCAAAGGUGUUCCCGUAGCUCUCCACGCGCCUCUUCAUCAAGUGGGACCAGCAGCUUCCGCGGCACAAGCAUCUACACUUGCUAUUGCCACUGCAUCUGAUGCGCCAGUCAUUACCAUCACGCGGAAGCCCGAUGCGACUCCAACCACAGCCACCGAUGCACCUCAUCAGACAAUGUUCACCAAUUCGGCAAACAAUGGUUCCCCUGGCGACAUUGAAAUCUACAUUACAGAGGCUCUUGGAAAGCGGAUGACAGAAUUGAUCGACAGAAGUCAGCAGUGUACGAUUGAUGACAAAUUCUCAUCAUCACGAAGAGCUCGUAGUCUGGAUUUCAAUGAGCAGCUCACCGGAGUGAUUUGCUCCACUAAGCAAGUACUUCUCAAUGCCUCGCCAGGUGCCGCGUUCGAAGCUCUUGACUCAUUGGGGGCGAUGACAGACGAGAUUCCUACCUGGAUACAGCCAGAUGUGCAAGAAGCGAUGGAGGUUGUAAUGAAUAUGGCGAAAGAGAUGUCCGACCAGAUCAUGUUGUACGCGCACGAAGCGACGCUUAUAGCACUCUUCGUCUUCAUGGUGAACUACCAACGGGCAAUUACUGGAAGCCCAAUAUCCCCAUUUAUUCGUAUCCCUGGUAGUGAGCUCAAGGAGAUGGUAAAGGUUUCGCUGACGCCCUCGAUCACGUCGUUUACCCCGACGACGUCGAUGACCUCUACUGUAAGUAGCUCGAGCUCAUCCAGCACACAAGAAUGCUCGGCAUUUUGCAGCAUGAUUGGUCAGAUCAAGAGAUGCACAACACAAUGUCCGACAAUGACUGAUUUGCCGACUGCCACACCAACUGAAUACGCUGUGAGAACGAUGACAGUGGAGCCAUGGAUCGUUCCGUACCAGCCUCAGAUUCCCAUCAAAGAUGUAUUCAGCUUCUGCAUGCCCAAUGAGGACACCAAUUUCCCGGUUUCAGAGUUCAACGUCACUUACGCCGACUUCUGUGAGAAGACCGACGGCUCAGCCGAAGACGGUACUUGGAUGGUCAAUGCGAAGGGAGAACAGUCGCAGCUGAACCGUCGGCGCUUCUGGAGACGGGACGCCUCGGACGAUUUUAGCGACUACAAGUUCGCGUUGUGGUGGAGACCCAAGACUGGAGAGAACGCCACCGACUGUGAAUUCUCAUGUGAAGAAGCCUUUCAAGGACUGACGGAGAGGAAUUCGUGUUCAAUCGACUCCACAGUCAAGUGCCUGAACCACCCACUCGACGCACCGAAGAACGACAAGACCGCCUCCGGCGGAGUAAGCGUCGAGUCAGCCAUCCAAACCUGGUGCAGUGACAACGACGGUCACCAGUUUAGUUCCAACUCCAUAUCCGACAACGUAUACUGGCGCUGGGGCAUCACCCAACUCGACGUACCCGACCGGCGAUCAUUUUGGCUGCGCGCUAAGCCAAACGGCAACAACCAACAAGCCUCCUUCGUGAAAGACGAAUGCAUCGCCGCACUCACCAACGGCCUGAGCACAUGCGACCCCGACUCCGACAACACCCACGGCUUCACGGCUACAGUCGGCACCAUCGACUACAGCCUCGACCUCAGCGGCGUCACAAAUCUCGACAACCCUCCAUGGAACGAGCAUCCGGCUUUCCCCGCCCCAGAAUUAGUCACCGCCAAGGACAGCACUAACCCCCAGAUACCUCAAUGUUGGGAUCCGAAAAUAUACUACAUCGGCCGCAAAGUCGCCCCAGAUGAUAUCGAGAAGGCGAUCAGCGCAUGGUGUAAAGAUGACACCAAGAUCGAGGGAUUCGGCAACAAUGCCAAAGGCUUCAUGUAUCCCCCAGAAGGUGAAACGCCUUUCUACCCGAAUGAUCGAACGCCGAUGCAUAUGCGUAUGGAUGUGGCGACGGUGAAGACAGGGGAGAAGGAACCGUAUGGGAGUAUGAAGUGGUGCGAGUAA